CUCUGGGAUCGCUACUGUCCCGCUUCCGACGGCCUAGCUACUUUGCGUGUCCGAAGAUGACUCGACGUGAGCUCCCUACCCAGCUCUCUGUGACCAUCGUACCCGUGUCGAGCCAUGUACUGGCCCAAUGGAGUCCCCCGGGUCUAUGCGGUCAAUGGCCCUGGAAUUCCCCUCGCCUCGUCCGAUGAAGAUACCGAAACCGACUAUGAGGGUUCUCAAGAACAACGGAACUUGGUAAAUGACGACCACGACUGCGAGCGGCCGCCCAGCAAGGAAAAUGGACAGUGGGCACAGGAGCCCAUCAGUGGCCUCUGUGCCUCAAGAAGCGGGCAUAUGUUCGCAACCAUGACCGAGUCUUCCAUAGCGAUCUGGCAAACUAGAGUAUGUCGCCUUGACCCGGAUCAAGUGCAAUUAUUGACCUGAUUGCUAGCCCACCGCAGUUGUGGCUGCCAUUGCUCGAUCCGCAUCCUCUUUGAAGACCUAUGGAUCCAAUACGGCUCUCCUCAUACACCCAGACUCAACAAUCCUUGCUGUCCAAUCAUCCAACGGGUAUCUCCUCACAUACACGAUCUCCUCUGAUCCUACGAGUCGUGUCUACCAACACCAUUUUGACCCGUCUUUGCCUCGCCGUCAGCAGCUCGCCCGUUUCUCGAUCGGGGAGGACACCACAGGAAUCCGGGACGUCACCAUCCAGUUUAGAAUGGCUAUCAAGAUUGAAUCUGGUAUUGUCAAGGCCCUUGCUCUUGACAACGAGCUUAUUGUCGCUACUGUGAAACCGGCUGCUAUUCAGUGCAUCCGCUGGACACCUGAUGCGAGCGGAACGCAAACUACAUCGGAACUCCUAAGUCGCAUCCUAGGAGUGUCGAGGAAGAUGUCCGUUGUGGAUAUGGUCCACGAUCGUGCGAUGAAUCUUCUGAUAUGGAUCACAAGCAGUGGACACGCAUAUGCAGUGCAACGAGUUUCGGAGAGGGCACGUGAUGAAGAAACCACCAAAAAGCUUUUUCAUGGCUAUUGUUUUCAUGAACCAAAGGAUGAUUCCCAGAAGGCAGUGAAGGCCGCGGUAAAUGCGCGGUUUUCGCUACUGACUGUGUGCUGUGCCCAGGGAGAUAUUCUGGUGUAUACAGCAAAGGACUACGUUGGAAAUAUCCCGCUCUCGCAUAAGCUCCAGCUCCCCGCGUCCAUGGUCACUACUGGCCAAUUGACGUUCAUGAGUUAUUCUCCAGACGGUUAUUGUCUAUUCUCCGGUUAUGAUAACGGCUGGACGACUUGGAGUGUCUUUGGUAAGCCGGGAGGGAAUAGCUUCUCGGCCGAUCCCUCUCUUACCGCGGCUAAUGCUGAAGAUUGGCUGACGGGAGUCUCAAGCGGCUGCUGGAUAGGCGGGGGCUCUGAUAUUAUACUUUCAAAGCAGAAUGACCGUCGCUUGUGGGUAUUAGAGACUGCGCGCAGUGCCUUGACAGGCUGUUUCUCAUCGGCGAAUCUUGCGAGAGGCUUGUUACAAACUGACACAGAGAUUAUUCUGUAUCGCGGGCACGAUUUACCGGACCUUAUUACCAUCUCAGGCAAGGAUUCUUUGUGGCAUCAUGCCCAGUAUCCCCCAUCGUACCUACAUGCACAGUGGCCUAUCCGGUCUUCCAUUGUCUCUCAAGAUGGGAGAUACGUUGCCAUUGCAGGUAGACGAGGACUUGCACACUACAGCGUUAAUAGCGGACGAUGGAAGGAAUUUGAUGAUCCAAAAAUGGAAGACUCGUUUGCCGUGCGUGGGGGCAUGUGUUGGUACGGACAUAUUUUGAUUGCUGCGGUUGAAAGCAAUGGUUCAUACGAGGUAAUCCCUUUGAUGUCUUUCUUUUUUUUUCUUUUCUUUUCUUUUUCUAUUGAGGUUAUUAGGAAGCUAACUUUGCACAAGCUACGUUUGUACUCGCGGGAAUCACCUCUGAGUAAUCAUUCCAUCAUGCAUAUCGAAUACCUUCCCUCGCCUGUAGUCUUCAUAGGACCCUCUGGUGAAGAUUCUCUUCUCGUCUACACCUAUGAUAACGUACUGUAUCAUUAUAUCAUAAACUCGAUGCAGCCGAGAGUGACGCUUGUUCCAGUGGGCCAGAUAGCUUUUAACGGCAUCGUAAGGGCUCCUACCAGAGUUCGGGCCAUAAGUUGGGUUUUGCCUGAGGAUCAGCUGAGGAGUGGGGACCCUUCCCAAGACGUGAAAGUAGCGUCGGUCCUUCUUUUAGUUGAUGGGAAUUUGGUUCUGUUGCAGCCGUCUGUCUCCGAUACUGGAGAAUUGAAAUAUGAUAUGCGGAUAGUUUCACAUGAUGUCGAGUAUUAUAUUCUGAUGCGUGACCAACUGUCUUUCAAUUUUUCGCCCCCUGCCGAUGAAUCCCUCCCGCCGAGUCCCCCAGCUGAGGUGGCACUUGGCCUGUCACAUAAUAAUCCGUCGUUGAGAGAUUCUCUUUGGAUAUUCUGCGGGAAGGAUCUCCUAGUUUGGAGCGAUGUGCACGACGUGCUGCGUGGGGAGGAAACCCCAGAUCCACUUCAGAUCCCUUUAGAUUUCUACCCUCUCUCAGUGCUCCUAAAUAAGGGGAUUGCUCUCGGGGUUGAGUCGGAGAUGAUACAGCGACGAGACGUCACCUUUACUACUCUGAAGUUCGCUAUUCGGACUCAUUUAUUUCUUCCAUACUUCCUACGACACAAUCUUGAACAUCUUGACAUGCCGGCAGCCCUCUCACUCUGUCACCAUUACUCAAAUCUUUCAUACUUCCCACAUGCUCUUGAGGUUUUGUUGCACCACGUCCUUGAUGACGAGGUCGAGAACGAAAGCAGGGACAACAAAUUGAAUAUCCCGUCGGAAGAACGUAAGCCGUUGCUUCCGUCCGUGAUAUCUUUUCUGCAGGCCACGCUUCCAGGCGACGUGUAUCUUGACACCAUCGUUCAGUGCACACGAAAGACCGAACUCCGUUCGUGGCGCACUCUUUUCAGCUAUUUACCUCCGCCCAAGGAACUCUUUGAGCAAGCGUUGAGAUUCAAUUCUCUGAAAACAGCUGUCGGCUACCUUCUUGUCUUGCAGGCAUUUGAUGAAGAGGAAGGCCACGACGCUCGAAUGGAGAGCUACGUAGUUCGCUUGUUUACGCUGGCGUCUCGAAAAGGGGAUUGGGAGCUCUGCGCAGAAUUAGCGAGGUUCCUCAUUGCCCUGGAUACAUCGGGUGAUAUGUUGCGACGGACUGUUUCCCGAAUGGGGUUGAAGAAUGGAGGGAUUCCCCCGGCUGCGGUCAACUCUCACGACUCAGGGUCCGAUAACACCAAUGGCUUAGGGCUCACUGUCCCGAGCCGAACUGGGUCAGGAUCCUGGUCAUCUUUGUCUCCAACUUCAAGCCGUGUAGAUCGCGAUGAUGCGUCAGCCAGCAGUGGUGGAAAUGAAGAAGACAGCGUGAAUAGUGGUAGGUUCAGUGAUUGUACUUCUAUCUCACCAGGUGGAUAGUUGCUGCAGAUAUUGUCUAGGCAUGUAUAUGUAUAUAUAACCAGGCGUCUUUGUGUGUUCUUCAGGGAUAAUCCUAUUGUGUACAAUGAAUGGUUGGUUCUAUCAGCGUGACUGCAGUCGACUCAACGGCAACUCAAUGGAUAAACAGGGUAGAAAAGCUACUUGAAGUAGUUAUUUUAAUGUCUCUUCUGUACCUAGCAUUUUUAAUAUUUACUUGGCAUGAGUUUGCAUGGUAGAUGAAUAUGAAUAAUUAUCACAUUGAGCCCAGGAGAAUAUCAGCACGUGUAAUGCAAGCCCUAGCCCUUCCCCGCGUCGACCGAAAGAAGCCAAAGGCGCAGUUCUUUGGAGCGUCUCAAGAAGCUCCGAG